CUUGCAACUUCCUACUUUCUCUCUCUACACCUCCCUCCCUCUCUCUCUCUCUCCACGCAGCGAAUUCGGACUGCCGGCGCCGUCAGUUGCAUUUUGUUUAUUGUGUCAAUCGCGCAAUUCUGCUUAGUGAACCUGACUCGCGUCGAUCCCGGAGUUAUUGUCAGAAUGCGGAUAGUAUAGUUCCGUUUGGUUGUUUUUUAUUCUUCCGAGAAGACGGAAGCUUGAGAUAAACAUUUGGUGGAUGAGAUGGUGGAGGGAAGAGUUUGUUCUUCUAGACAAGCAAAACUGGAAUUUUUAAAGCAUAAAAUGUUAAAACGGAGGAAAACAGAAACAGAGAAUGAACCUUAUGUUGUCAGCAAGACACUGAAUAGGAGUGGUGGUGAUGCUUUAAGAACUUCUGCUUCCUACGGUGUUAGUUUGCACAAUCAUGCUGACCUACCAAGAUUUGGUAACAGUUCUUCCAUUAAGGAAGAUGCUUUCUCGAAGAGGAAAGUGGCUAAGUUUGAUAUUUCGGACCUCGAAUGGACAAAGAAAGUUCCAGAGUGCCCGGUUUAUCGUCCAACUAAAGAGGAAUUCCAGAAUCCCUUAGUUUAUAUCCAAAAGAUUGCUCCAGAAGCCUCGAAAUAUGGUAUUUGCAAGAUCGUAUCCCCUGUAAGUGCUUCUGUUCCUGCUGGUGUAGUUCUUACAAAAGAGAAGGCUGGUUUCAGUUUUACAACUAGGGUACAACCACUUCGUUUCGCUGAAUGGGAUAGUGACGACAAAGUCACCUUUUUCAUGAAUGGGAUAAACUAUACUGUUCGUGAUUUUGAGAGGAUGGCAAACAAGAUUUUUGCUCGUAGAUAUGGUAGUGUUGGGGGCCUUCCUGCUGCAUUCAUGGAAAAAGAAUUUUGGAAUGAGAUAGCAUUUGGAAAGACUGAAAGUGUUGAAUAUGCAUGUGAUGUUGAUGGGAGUGCAUUUUCAUCUUCUCCGAAUGAUCCACUUGGAAAAAGCAACUGGAAUUUUAAGAAAAUCCCUCGGCUGCCGAUGUCUACUUUGCGUCUUCUUGAGACGGAAAUUCCGGGUGUCACUGAACCUAUGCUUUACAUAGGCAUGCUGUUUAGUGUUUUUGCCUGGCAUGUGGAAGAUCAUUACCUGUAUAGCAUCAAUUAUCACCAUUGCGGGGCUGCAAAAACUUGGUAUGGCAUUCCAGGUCAUGCAGCUAUUGAUUUUGAAAAUGUGGUAAAGGACCAUGUCUAUGCUCAUGAUAUCUUACCUGGUGACGGGGAGGAUGGAGCUUUUGAUGUUCUUUUGGGGAAGACGACUCUUUUCCCACCAAACAUAUUGUUAGAACAUGAUGUCCCUGUUUAUAGAGCUGUCCAGAACCCUGGGGAAUUUGUAAUCACUUUCCCUAGAGCUUAUCACUCAGGAUUUAGUCACGGUUUCAAUUGUGGUGAAGCUGUUAAUUUUGCAAUGGGCGAUUGGUUUCACCUGGGAUCAAUUGCAAGUAGGCGCUAUGCUCUGCUUAACAGGAUGCCUCUUCUUCCCUACGAAGAGCUUCUCUGUAAAGAAGCAAUGCUACUUCGUUAUGCAAGACCUGAAUUUGACGAGUCAGAGCACAUACAUGGAGAUUUGCUAUCACAGAGAAGCAUAAAGGUCUCCUUUGUUAAUUUGAUCCGGCUUCAGCAUUAUGCCAGAUGGUGUCUGAUGAAAUCAAGAGCAUGCACAGCCAUCUCUUCUUUCUCCCAUGGAACAAUUCUCUGCAGCCAGUGCAAACGUGAUUGUUAUGUAGCAUAUCUGAACUGCCAGUGUUACUCGCACCCUGUAUGCCUUCACCAUGAUACAAGAUCACUUGAUUGGCCUUGUGGAGGGACUCCAACACUUGCUGUAAGAGAAAACAUUGUAGAAAUGGAAGCAGCAGCCAGACACUUUGAGGACGAAAAGGAUAUAUUACAGGAAUUUGAACGGAAGUAUGGGAACAUCGAUGACUUUGGUUCACUAUUUUGCUUGUUCUCAGGAGCUGAAAAUGAUAGCUACAUCCCUUAUGGAAAGAUUUCUCUUGUAUCAGACGAAGAAGUAUCGGGAUGCCUCUCUGUUUUAACCAGUUGCCACAAAAUUACUAAGACUGAAAUUACAGAUGCGUCUGAUCCUUGUAUGUUACCGUUGAAAUCAUCUGAAAGUCUCAAAAUGACAGCCAACGCUGGGCAGGAUAAUGGAAACUCUAACUUGGAGGAUAGCAUACAUGCAAUGCCUUUUGAAUAUUCCAAACCCCUGAGCAGAAAACCUAGAUCCGAAAGGAAGGUAGUUCAGGAGGUGAACACUAGAAGUGCUAUUUAUGAAGAUGAGUCAGAUUCAGAAAUAUUCAGGGUUAAGCGAAGAUCGUCUAACAAAGUGGGAAGGAAAACUGCACGUGAUUUGACAUCUUUAAACACUGACCAGCAGGGUUUCAAGCGACUCAAACGGCAACAUCUGGAAGUGCGGUGUGGAAUCUUAACAUCAUCAGGCUGUCCUAUCCUUGAUGAUCAAAGUCAUCAUUAUGUUAUGAGCUCUACUGAAUCUAAAGAAUCCAAGUUAGCCAUAAGAAGCACUUUUCCUUCCAUUAAGUUCAAACAUAUGCCUAAAGUUCUUGGUGCAGAACUGCACAGAGAUCAGAGGCAUCCCCAUGAGUCGACAGAAAAUCUAAAGCACAAGGGACAGAAAGCUAAGACGAGUGACUGUUUUAGGUGGUGAUAGAAAUUGAAACUGGAUUAGGUGAUAGUGGCUGAAUUUGACUGGUCUGCAGCUGAAGAAUCUUCAACCUAGCUAACUUGGCUAGUGACAUUCUUUUCCAGGGGAUCUAACAACAGAGGGAGGUUAGAAAUACAUUUUGAUGAAGCAGUGACAUGGAAGUUAACUACAUAUUACAAGUGAAGUUAUUCUUUUGUGCAAGCUCCAAAAUGGGGACAAAUUGCACAGUGAUUCUUUUGCGGUUCUCGGCUGGGGAUUUAAUCUUUGGCAGGAGAACUCUCUCAUAAGUCAUACGUACAUACAACAGGUAGGAUUUUAGGUCAAUUGUUCUUUAGCAUGUACAUUUGCUAGUGUAGGCAAUUCCCAUUGAUGUUCUCAUUUCUGCUGCUUCUCUUAUAGGGCUCUGAUAUUCUUUCUUGUAGCUAUUGACAGUCAACUAUAUUGAUAAAAUCUGAGAAACUCCUUGUUUCA